CCAAACCAAUAUUCUACAAAAUCAAAACUCUCUCUCUCUCUCUCUCUCAUUGUUCAAAAUAUUAAACCUUUCUCUUCUCUUCAUCAAGGCAGAGCUCAGAAUCCCCGUCAAUGGAGGGCUUGAUUCCUCUGGUCUACAAAGCACUAAAGAAGAACAAAACUCGCCGGCAAUACGAGUGUUUAUCUUCUGGUGCAGCUCUUGGUUACAACCCUGCAGAUUUUUAUAUUAAUGAUGCUGAGUUAAAUCUGAUAAAAACUUCUUCUGUUUCAACUGAGAAUGGGAAUAAUGCAGAAAGAAAAUUCCACAGGCGAUUCUAUUCCGUCGAAGACUUAUCAGCGACAGCUGCUGCCGUUGCUCCUUCUCCUCCUAGAAAGCAGCUUGUGAGAUUCAGAAGUCAUAGGCGAAUGUUUUCUUGUGUUACAGGUGGCUAGAGAAACUAAGACAACAUAGUUAAUCUAUGUUGGGUAGGAUCAAAUGUUUGUGUUCUUCUUGUCUUUUGAUCAUGUUAUCUUGCUAUUUCUUCUGCUUUCUUGUUGUCUAUAGUUGAUGAUCAGAUCAAAUUACCAUAACUGUUAAAUAUUUGAUUACCAUGGAAUCUACAUAGAAAUUAUUACAGUGAUUAUAUUAUAAAAAUUCUCUGGUUCGAGGCCAAA